GAGCAAAAUGGAUUUCAGACCACCUGCUCCGCUAACAUUCUCCGUCGGAAAUGUUAAAGAAAAAUGGAAAAAAUGGAAGCAAGAGCUAGAAAACUAUUUACUUGCAACGGAAAAAGAUGCCAAGCCAGAUAAGACUAAAAUUGCAAUCCUUUUGAAUUUACUCGGUAGUGAAGGACUCGAAAUUUUUAACACGUUUCGAUUUGAGCCACCUGAGAAUAAAGAGAAAUACGAAGAGGUCUUGAAGUCUUUUGAAGAUUAUUGUUCACCACGGCAGAAUGUCGUAUAUGAACGUUACAAAUUCUUUUCGUGUAGCCAGCAAGAAGGACAAACAAUUGAAUGUUAUGUCACUCAGUUAAAGACUUUAGCGUCAACUUGUGAGUUUGCUGAACAAGAAAAUGGAUUGAUUCGCGACCGUAUUGUAUUAGGCAUUCGGGAUAGGAGUCUGACCGAACGUUUGCUUCGAGAAUCUAACCUAGGAUUAGAAAAAGCUAUAGAAAUAGUCCGUGCCGCUGAAACAAGCAAAGAGCAACUUCGGAACAUGAAAGAUGAUCCAGCGACUGUGAACAGCGUGAAGAAAUAUAGAAAACAGCAGCAUCAAUCAAAACAGUCAGUGCCACCGAAAUUAUCGUCGCAGCAGAAGCAAUCAGCACUAGAAUAUGACUGCAAGAAGUGCGGAAGAAGGCACAAAUAUCGGGACUGUCCAGCUUUCGGAAAGACGUGUGCGAAAUGCAAAGUAAAGAACCAUUUUGCCGCGAGGUGUCCCAAGAACAUUUAUGAAGUUGGAAAUACCAAAUAAUGAACUUAGAAUAUAUAAUGAACAUAGUGUAUUUGUUGACUCUGUAAUGAUAAAUCCACCAGUAAACGGGCAUAGUGAAUUUAAAAUAAGUGCAAAAUCAAUCAAAGAUCUAACAAAUUCUAUUGAUGAAGUAAAUAAGGAUAUUCACAAGGUAAGUGAAACAUGGGUGAAAAGUAUUACAAUGUAUGUAAAUAAUAAGUAUUUCAAGGUUGAUUUUAAGUUAGAUACUGGUGCAGAAGUAAAUAUUUUGCCUUUGUAUGUUUUAAAUAAUGUUAAACUUAAGCCUAAACUUAAUGAAACUGAUUUGUUCUUUACCUGCAUAUGGUAAUUUUAAGUUAAAACCAGAAGGUACUCUUAUAAUUAAUUGUUCAACUGAAAGGCUUAAGAAUGUACCUUUACAGUUUUAUGUUCUUGAUGUAAGAUCUAAGCCUAUAUUAGGGUUAACAGCUUGUUCUGCAUUAAAGCUAAUUGAAAGGAUUGAUUCCUUAAAGUGCAAUAUCAUUAAUAAAAAUGAUUUAAUUGCUCAGUAUAAAGAUGUAUUUACAGGUACAGGGCAAUUUCCUGACGAACCAUAUCAUAUAACCCUUAAAGAUGAUGCAAUACCAGUAAUACACCCCCCAAGACGUGUUCCUCAGGCUUUACAGCCUAAAUUAAAAGAUACUUUAGAUAAACUUGAAAGAGAAGGGAUAGUAUCGAAAGUAAAUAAACCAACUGAUUGGGUUCAAAGUUUGGUUAUAGUUGAAAAACCUAAUGGGAGUCUGAGAUUAUGCUUGGAUCCUAGAGAUCUAAAUAAAGUAA